UUGAGUAUUUAUUUGAAGAGUAUGAAAAGGAACAACAUGAAGAAUCAAAAUUACUUUCCAUUAUAGAAGAAGAAACAGAUGAAAUUGAAAAUAUUUCUGCAUUAAUUGGUUAAUAUGCAAUCAAUUAUCUGUGCAAAAAACCAUGCAGAACUAGUGAACAAACAGGUUAUUUAUGGGUACAAGAAAUUUUAUGUGGCCAUGGCAUUCGUUGUUAUGAAAUGUUUCGGAUGGAAAAACAUGUUUUUUUUAAAUUUUGUGAUGAACUAGUUGAACAAGGAUUAAAAUCUACAAGACAAAUGGGAGUUCAGGAAAUGGUUGCAAUGUUCUUAAAUACGGUUGGUCAUGGAGUGGGUAAUAGGAUGAUACAAGAAAGGUUUCAACAUUCUGGAGAGACAGUAAGUAGACAUUUUCAUGAGGUAUUGGUUGCUUGCUUGAGAUUAUCUAUUAAAUAUAUUAAGCCAUCGGAUCCUAAGUUUCAGAAUGUUCAUAGCAAAAUAAAAAAUGACCAACGAUAUUGGCCAUUUUUUAAAAAUGCUAUAGGAGCAAUUGAUGGUACUCAUAUCCCAUGUGUGGUUAGCCCAAGUGAUCAACCCAAAUUUAUUGGAAGAAAAGGAUAUCCAACACAAAAUAUAAUGACUGUAUGUGAUUGGGACAUGUGCUUCAUUUUUGCUUUACCUGGAUGGGAAGGCACUGCACAUGAUACUCGUGUAUUUGAUAAUGCUAUUACAAUUCCUACCAUGAAUUUUCCGCAUCCUCCUCCAGGUAAAUAUUAUUUGGUAGAUGCCGGUUAUCCAACACCGAAAGGAUAUAUUGGUCCAUAUAAAUGUGAGCGCUAUCAUCUUGCAGAUUUUAGGCGUUCUUCUGGAUUUACAAAUCAUAAUGAAGUAUUUAAUUAUUAUCACUCAAGCUUAAGAUGCACAAUAGAAAGGACUUUUGGAGUGUGGAAAAAUAGAUUUGCUAUCUUGCGACACAUGCCCAAGUUCAAAAUUGAAACUCAAGUGCAGAUAGUGUGUGCAACAAUGGCUAUUCAUAAUUUUAUUAGAAGACAUUCUGAAAUAGAUACUGAGUUUAAUCAAUAUGAACAUGCAAACAUUCUUGAUGGAGAAGAUAAUAGUUAUGUUGGUGAAAACUCAGAUCAAACUUACACAAACUUACUUUUCACCAAAAUCAAGUUUGCAAAAUCAAUUCUAUGCAAACUCCCGUUUGCAAACUGUAAUCCAAACACACACUUAUUUCCUCACACUAUGAAUUGUUAA